AUCUUUCGAUAAUGUUUUUAUGUCAUAAUUAAUAUCACACCAUAAUAUUUCUUACUUUGAGAAUCGGAAACGUCGCAGUGAAAAUGAAUAUAAUACUUGAUGGGUUAGAAAAUAUGGUUUUAGAAGAGAAUAUAGACAAUAAAAAAUCAAAACAGGAGGAUGAUUUCGUCGAUCCUUGGAAUGUAGUAAGCAAAUCUGCAGCUGGAGUUGAUUAUGAUAAACUUACCCAAAGAUUUGGAAGUUCUAAAAUUGAUACAGAACUUAUUGCAAGAAUUGAAAAAAUAACUGGAAAACCAGCACAUCAUUUGUUAAGAAGAGGAAUUUUCUUUUCUCACCGUUUUAGCCAAUGUCAUGAUUUUUAUAAGAAUAUUGUCAAAGUUCAAAGAAAUGUUACUUUCAAUCAAGUGAAAGGAAUUUUUGGAUUUGGAGAUAGUGACUGUAUAGGGAAAAUAAGUUUUCCUGCCAUACAAGCAGCUCCUUCUUUCUCUACUUCAUUUUCAUUUAUUUUUAAUGGAAGAAAAGAUAUUAAUUGUCUCAUUCCAUGUGCUAUUGAUCAGGAUCCAUAUUUUAGAAUGACCCGUGAUGUUGCCCCUAAAUUGGGCUAUCUAAAGCCUGCAUUGAUACACUCUGUAUUUAUUCCUGCUCUUCAAGGCGCACAGACUAAAAUGAGUGCAAGUGAUCCGAAUAGUUCAAUCUUUCUUACUGACACUCCUAAUCAAAUUAAAAAUAAGAUAAAUAAAUAUGCAUUUUCUGGUGGUGGAGCUACUGUUGAAGAACAUCCAGAAAAGGGUGGAAAUUGUGACGUCGAUAUUUCUUUUCAAUAUUUGAGAUUCUUUCUUGAAGAUGAUGAAAGACUUGAAACAAUUAGAGAGGAAUAUUCAUCUGGGAAGUUAUUAACUGGUUUCCUUAAGAAAGAAUUAAUUGGCAUACUCCAAAGAGUGGUAGCAGAACACCAGAAGCGAAGACAAGCUGUUACUGAUGAUACUGUUAGAGAAUUUAUGAGAGUGAGAAAACUAAAGUUUAAUUAUUGAAUGUAUAAAUAUUUAGCACCUGAAAAGCUUGUUUUGCUUAAUAAUUUAAAUAA